AUGGGAGUACCAGCAUUUUUCCGCUGGUUAUCACGUAAAUAUCCGUCCGUGAUAAUCGAAUGCGUCGAGCAGAAGACUGUCGACGAUGAAGGGAACGUUCACUAUGAGCCAAUAAGUAAUCCGAACCCGAACCGGGUCGAAUUUGACAACCUGUAUUUGGACAUGAACGGUAUUAUUCAUCCUUGUACACAUCCGGAAGAUAAACCUGCGCCUAAGGAUGAGGACGAGAUGAUGAUCGCCAUCUUCGAGUGCAUCGAUCGGCUGAUGAACAUUGUGCGCCCGCGUAAGGUGCUGUACAUGGCUGUCGAUGGUGUUGCUCCGCGCGCCAAAAUGAACCAGCAGCGGUCGCGUCGUUUCCGUGCGUCUAAGGAGACCGCCGAGAAGGCGGCCGAAGUGGCGCGUAUUCGCGAGGAGCUGGCACUCAAGGGUGCAAUUUUGCCACCAGAGAAGGAAAAGGGAAAUCACUUCGAUUCGAACUGCAUCACUCCCGGCACACCUUUUAUGGACAGACUGAGCAAAUGUCUACAGUACUACGUUCACGAUCGUAUGAACAGCAAUCCGGGAUGGAAGAACCUGAAGGUGAUCCUGUCGGACGCGAACGUACCCGGCGAGGGUGAACAUAAGAUAAUGGACUACAUUCGCAAGCAGCGCGUGCAGCCGGACUAUGACCCGAACACGCACCACGUGCUGUGUGGUGCCGACGCGGAUCUUAUCAUGCUGGGACUGGCUACACACGAGACGCAUUUCACGAUCAUUCGUGAGGAAUUCCUACCGAACAAGGAACGACCAUGCGACAUCUGCCAGCAAAUGGGCCAUGAGAUGAAGGACUGCACCGGAUUGCAGUCUGAGGGGGAGGUGGCCAACCAAACACCAGCAGCGCUGGGCAAGGAGACGCAGUUCAUAUUUGUGCGCCUGAAUGUGCUGAAGGAGUACCUGCAGAAGGAGCUUGACAUGCCAAAUCUCCCGUUCACGUACGAUUUCGAUCGCGUCGUUGACGACUGGGUGUUUAUGUGCUUUUUCGUCGGAAAUGACUUUUUGCCACACCUGCCCAGUCUGGAGAUUCGCGAAAACGCCAUCGAUCGGCUGGUGACGCUGUACAAGAAGUGUGUGUACAAAACGCGAGGCUACCUGACCGAUUCGGGCAGUGUGUUCCUGGAGCGGGUGGAAAUGAUCAUGUCUGACCUAGGGUUCGCAGAAGAUGACAUCUUUCGCCAGCGCAAGGUGAGCGAGGAGCGCUUCAAGGAGCGCAAUAAACGAAUGAAACUUCAAAAGGAACGCCAACAAAGACCAAACUUCGAGCAUAUCAAAAACUCUCAGUUUGCGCCGACUCCGCUCGGGCGCGGAAUACAACCGCAGGCGAUCGUCAACCCGCGCCAGGAAGCGGCAAACUUUCGAAUGCGCGGCGCUAGCGGCAACGACGGCGAACGGCAGAAUGCCAACAACAGUACCACCGAACAAGAGGGAUCGCGACCUACAAAGCGGAAAGCAGAGGAACCGCUCAGUACUAGCGCGGCCGAGAACGAGGAACAAGAAACGCCUGACGAGGUGCGGCUGUGGGAGGACGGUUUCAAGGAUCGCUACUACGAGUCUAAGUUUGACGUGACGUCCCUAAACACAAAGUUCCGCCAGACUGUCGCCUGGGAGUAUGUGCGAGGGCUUUGCUGGGUGCUGCGUUACUACUACCAAGGAUGCGCCUCUUGGGAAUGGUACUUUCCGUAUCAUUACGCACCAUUCGCGUCGGAUUUUAAGCAUCUGGAAAACGUGAACACACACUUCGACCGAGGCACGCCGUUCAAACCCCUGCAGCAGCUAAUGGGCGUUUUCCCGGCCGCUAGCCGCAGCCACGUUCCACCACCAUUCGCGGAGCUGAUGGUAGACCCUCGCAGUCCCAUCAUCGAUUUCUAUCCGAUCGACUUCCGCAUAGAUCUGAACGGGAAGAAGUUUGCCUGGCAGGGAGUGGCCCUGCUUCCGUUCGUCGAUGAAAAGCGACUGUUUAAGGCCACGGACCCGAAGGUACCGCUGCUGACGGAAGAGGAACGACUGCGGAACGAGAAUGGCGACGCGAAGCUGUUCCUGCUACCCGGAUCAGCCGGAGCUCGGACGCUGUCCAAGCUGUGCACCGGUGACGAUGUGGAUUACGAGCGCGAGGUACCGGUGGUGGUGGAUUGCCUGCAGGGAUUGGUAAUUCCCACAAAGGAAUGUGUCCCGCAAAACGGUACCCUCCCGUCGCCGAUAUCCGGGCUUUGCGCGGUGCAGGAUAACAGCGUGCUGACGGUGCGCUUUCUGGAUCCAAAGUUUGCGGACGACUUCAUCUUUCCGGCGCGCAAGCUAGAGAAUGCCAAGGAGCAACCGAAGGUGCUCGGUGCCAAGGAUGGGCCGGUGAUUGGAUUCGGGCAGCGCACGGACAGGGCCCAGCUUGGAGCAGCCGGGCAUCGUAUGGUCAACAACCGGCUCGGAUUGGGCUACGGUGGAGGAAGGAAUGAUAACGGAGGAGGCUACGGCGGUAACCGAGGCGGCAACAACUUCCAGGGAAGAGGAAAUCAAGGAGGUAACUAUAGCAACUAUUCCGCCGGCUACAAUAGCAACGAGGGUGGGCAUAACAAUUACAACAGCGGCGGCAACAGCCACCACCAACAGCAGCACCACCAUCAGGGUCGCCAGGGUGGCAAUAGCGCGUCCGGCAACUCCGGCAAUCGGAGCGUGUUCGAGCAGCUCAGCAGCCAGAUCCAGCAGUACCAGCAGCAGAUGAUGAACGAAAUUUCGCGCAACACGUCCACGGGCGGACCGCAGCAGGGUACGGACGCGUCCUCGAACGUCCUGCCGAAUCCGUUCGCUAAUCAGAUCCGGUACGAUUACGGCACCCAGCCGCAGCGCGGGAACAGCUGGACGAACAACAACGGGGGUGCCAGGGGGGGCCACAACUACAACAACCAUCGUGGUGGGGGUGGUGGUGGUGGUGGGCGAGGAGGUGGAAGGAACUUCCAGCACGGCAAUGGAGGCGGUGGUAACAACAACAACAACAACAACCGGUACGGCCAGAACAAUUACGGCUCUUCCGGGGGCGGAAAUAAUCGGUUUAACAAUCAGCGAAGACAGUACUAA